AUGGGAGAAGAAUCCUAUUUAUCAAUAGCUCAACUAUUAUUAGAACAAUUGUCAGAGAAUAUAAGUAGAUUCAUUUUAAUAAUCAUUAAUCUUCAAGCAAAAAAUGCUGAUUUACCUAUAAAUGAAAUUUCUGCAGUAUUUAAUUCAGCACAAGCAUUAUCAGAUACAGUAACAACAUUGGCAUGUCAAGAAUAUGAUGAAUAUCCAUCUAUUAGAGAUGAAAUUUUAGAUUCAACAAAUAUUUUAAAUAAUAGUUUAAUAUCAUUUAAAGAAGAAACAAAAUUUGAAAAUCAUUCAACAUUGGAAGAUUCAUGGAAUAGUUUAAAUAGAGGAUGUAGAGUGAUUGGUACAGAGACUAUAAAGAUAUUACAUGUUGUUUAUGGAGCAGAGAUUAAAAAGAUGAAUCAAUCUAGUAAAGUGGCUUUGGAUGCAGUAGAAGGAUGUUUGGAUCGUUUGCCUGUAGAGGAAAGGGAGCAGGAAUUUGCAGAUUAUAUUCAAUUUGCUAUUGGCAAGGUUGUUGGUUAUAGUGAUUUAUUAAAACAACAUUCUUUAGAUGAACAGAUACCAACAUUACAGUCUGAAUGGUCAGAUACUUCAGAUAGACUAGUCUCUAAUGGAAAUGUUUUAAUUGACCUAACAAAUACAUUAUUAUCAUUGGAUGAAAUUGAUAAUAGUUUAUUAUUUUAUCAAACCAAUAAUAGUAAUGCAACAAAACAACAAUUUAAAGAAACAUUAUCACUUUUAUUAAAAGAUAUUAAACAAUCAAAUCAAAAUAUUUCAUCAUCUUCAAAUUUAAAUUCAAUCCUAUCAAUCAAUGAUAAAUUAAAUCAAGAAUUUCAAAUUAGAAAAAAUCAACAAAAACAUAAUUCAAACAACUCUAAUUCAUCCUCUUCUUCUUCAUCAAUUGUGGAUCCACAAAUUCAAAGCAUGUAUGAAGAAAUAUUUAAAAUGACAUCAAAAAAUGUUAGUGAUCUCCUAAGAGCAUCAUAUAGAGGAGAAAAAAAUAUAGUCAAUAUUUUAUCAUCAAGUUUAGAAUCCAAUUCAAAUCUUCUUUCAAGUCAUUUUAAACUUUUAUCAAAUCAACAAGAUUCUUCUAAUCAAUUACAAAGAGAUAUUAAAUUAUAUAUUGAAUCUAUAAAUGAUAUUGUAAAAGAAAAAGAAAACAAUUUAAAUGUUAUACCAACAAAUUUAAUUAAUAAUUUGGUUGAUCGGUUGGAAAAAGUUCAAGAGAUUUUACAAUCAAUGGCAACAAGUAGAGAUGCACAAUUAUUAGAUUUAAUUAGAUCAAAGGAUGAAUGUUUGAGAAUCAUUUCAGAAUCAUCGGAUCCUACAAUCGUAGUUGGAGCACUUAAAACAUUGACUAAAAAUGCAAAUAGAAUGGACCAAAUAUUGGUAGAUAGUGAUCCUCAACAAGUAAAAGAUGCUGUUCUUUUAGUUACCAAUCUUUUACCACAACAAUUACAAUUGGUUAAAAGUUUUAUUCGUGAUACUAGCAAUGUUGAAAAUCGUCGUCAAUUGGAUCAAUGUAAUUUAUCAAUGCGUGAACCUCUUGCUCAUUUAUCAGCUCUAAUGGAACCUUCAAAUGAAACUACUAGUAAUAUUAUUCAUUUAAAAGAACGUAGUACUGCUAAAAAAAUCAUUCAAUCUAUUUUAUCUGGUCAAACUGAAGAGGUAGAAAAAAUGAUUAAAGAAUUGGAAUUUGGUAUUUCAGAAUUGGUUUCAAUUGCAAAUUCUGAAUCCUCCUUUCAAACUAAUAAUAACAACUUAUUAUUAAAAGAGUCAAUAGACUCUUUAGUAAAAUUAUUAUCAAAUAGAAGAAGAUUAAUUGAAAAAUUAUUAAAAGAUUCAAAUAAUCAAUCAUUACAAUUGGAAUUGGAAAAUAUAAACAACUCGAUUGGCCAAUUGGUAUUAAUUUUAUCAGAAUCUGUUUCAUCAGAUCUUGGUCUUGUUCAAAGAAAAUUAAUCAAUGCUCUCAAAGAAAAUGCAAAUCAUCAUACCAUUGAAUCAAUUCUAAAAGAUAUAUCAAACAAAUGUCAAAUACCAAUUCAAACCAUCAAGUCAUUGGAUCAAAUUAAAAAUGAUAAAAAUUUACAAAGAAAUGAAUGUUUGAUGAUGGAUAAUCAUUGGGAUUUAGAAAAAAUUGAAUAUUAUGGUGAAGAAAUGAUUUCAAAAUAUAAUGAUCUAACAAAUCAAAUCAAUUUAAUUAAUUAUCAACUUCAACAACAACAAACAAAUAAUAAUAAUAAUAAUGGUGUUAUUAGAAAAUCUUCAUCAAUUGGAAAUUUAUCAAAAUCAUCAUCAAAUUAUGAUUUAUUAAAAGAUGAAGAAUUUUUAGAUGGUGAAACUUUAUUAAAUGAAUCAUCUGAAGAUAGGAAAAUAUCAGCAAUGAUAUUAACUCUAUUUCAAGAAUUGGUUAAUCAUUUAAAAAAAAGUGAAGCUGUUAAAUCAGUUUCAAUUUUAAAACAAUUAAUUAUUGAACAAGAUAAAUUAAUUGCAAGAGCAAAUAUAAUUUCAACAAAAACAUUAUCAAUUCAAUUAAAAGAACAAAUAGAAUCUAGUAUAAAUUUAUUUAAAAGUUCAAUUCAAACGGCAAUUAGUACAAGUGGAAAAAGAAAUACAGUAGAUUCUGAAGAAAUACUCAACAAAUGUUUGAAAACUGUUAAAAAAUCAAUGGUAGAAUUGGAUUUUCUAUUACAUUUAAAUAUUGAUAUUGAAUUGGUAGCAGCUUAUCAAUCAUUGUCAAAAAAUACUGGUCGUAAAUCAAUCUCUGCCAAUUCUUUUACACAAUUUAUAAAUCAUUUUAAUGAAUUUGUAAAUGAAAGAAUUGAUGCAAGUCCAAGUGAAACUACAAGAAAAGGAACAGAUCUAAAACAAUUAAUUGAUCGAUUGGUAAAAAUGAAUAGAAAUAAUGGUCAAGAAGUAUUGGAUGCAAUGUAUCCUCUGUUGGUUUAUUGGACAAGUCCUGUUGCUUGUUUUCAUACACUUCAAAUCAAUGCAAAAUUUCAUCUAGUCACUGCAAAUGAAAUGAAUAGUGAUGACUUGAUCUCAAAUAGUAUUCAACGUAUUGUUCAAUAUCAAACUGAUCUAAUACGUAUGGCAAAUGAUCAUCUUGGUGGUUCUAAUAGUAAAUUGGAUGAACCAAAGAAAAGAUUGCUAUUAAAUUCUCUAUCAACUGCUCAAACCUCCUUACAACAACAAGUUGAAGCUGCUGUUAAAUAUUUGGACAAGGAAAUUGGUAUUGAUCAACUUUUAACCGUCAUUGAUGUCAUUCGUGAUAGUGUUGAAACUAGUUCGCGUGCUGCUUUUAGUAGUAACCUACUUUUAUCAGUUACUGAUCCUUCAAUGGAUACUUGGAUUGAUCAUUCAAUUGCUGGUUUUCUUCCAACUCUAAGUUUAGCAAAAUCUCAUCUCUCUACAAAUCCAAAUGAUCAAGAUAAUCGUGCUCGUUAUGAAACCCUAAUUAAUGAUAUAAUCAUUCAAUUAGAUAAAAUUCAACCAAAAAAUAAUAAUACAAAAGUUAAUAAUAAUAAUAAUAAUUCUUCUACUUCAGCUACUCCAUCCAAUACUUUUAAUAUUUCAAAAUUAAUAAUUGAAGAAAAAAAUUUAUUAAACAAAUUAUUAUCAUAUACAGUAGAUUCUGAUACUCAAGGUAUAGUUGAUACUUCGAGAGCAUUGGUAAAAUCACAUCAAGAAUUGAUUGGUAAUCAAACUUCAGAAACCAAUCAAGAAUUGACUCAAUUGGUACCACAACAAUUGUCAACUAUAAAACAAGCACUUCAAGCAACAGAUGAAGCUACUGAAGCUCAAUUACAACAAAAAUCUUUUCAUAUUGCUUCUCAAAUUGCUAGAAAUAUGGAAAGUAUUCGUGAACAAUUAAAUCCUCUAUCUCAACCACCUUUGGCAAUUGCUCAAGAAUUGACUAAUCAAUUAAAAAAACCAGUAAAUUCUUUGGAAAAAGAGGAAAUUGGAAAAUUAUUAAAUGAAAUUUUAUUCAAUGGAAAUGAAUUGGUUAAAGAAUCGACAGGUCAAUUAUUGUCAUUUUUAGAUCCAUCGAGACAAUUAAAAAUUAGACAAGCAAUUUUAGAUUUGGAAUCAAAAUUAUUUUCUAAAAAUAAUCAAUUAUUAUGUUUUGAAAAUGUUUCAAGAGAAUUUUAUCAAAACCCAGCAGAAAACAUUUCAAAUUAUCAAUCAUUUAUACCAUUGUUGGAAAAAUCAAUUGAUCAAUUGAUUAAAGAAUUACGUGAAACUUCACUUUACCUCCUCUAUCAAAAUCAAACAAAUACAAGAGAUUUGGCAUUAUUUGCAGUUAGAGGUAAUUUUAACAAGAUUGUUUCAACAAGUAAAUCAUUAUUGGCAAAUCAAUCAUCUCUUAAACAACAAUUACAAAAAGAUGCAACCACCAUCAAUGAUAAUAGCAAAAAACAAACCAUUCAAAAGUCUGUUCAGGAAAUUGAUAAUCUUGCACCAGAAAUGAUCAAAGCUGCCAAAGACCUAAUUCUCAAUCCAACCGAUCAACAACGUCGUCAACAAUUGGAAUCUUUGGAAAUUAAAAUGUCUGCUCCCAUGUCUAUCAUUAUUCAUGAAUUGGUUGGUUCAAGAACAACUCUAUUUGAUAGUUUAAUUAAACAAUAUAAAUCUUUAUUAGUUCAAUUGGAUGAUUCAAUUAAUAUCGGUGGAGAUCAAAACUCUGUAGAGACAAAUCUUUCAUUACUUGAUGAUUUAUCAAGUAAAAUAUUAUCACAAUUGGAUACAGAACAAGCAUCAAAUAAUUCAAUUGAAUCAACUCUAUUGGAACAACAAAAAGAAGCUAUCAAUAUUAUCAAAGAAUGUACAAGAUCAACAAAAACUCUGUCAACACCAUUACCACAAAAAUUGGUAGCAGAAAAAGAUUUUAUACUUUUUAGUUUGGCUCUAACUAUUAAUCAUUUAGAGAAUCAAGUUGAAAAUCAAAAACAAAAAAAUCAAUUGGAAAAACCAUCACAACCAUCACAACAACCAUCGACGUCGAUUGAUAUUACUUUGGAAAUUGAUAGUCAUAUUCAAAAUGUUAUAGAAACUAUAAAAUCAAAUGAUUUUAGUAAUAUUAGUAGAAAUCCUGAAAAAUUGGAUAAAUAUAUUAAAAUUCAAAAUACAAACUUUAAAGAAAAGGAAAAGGAAAAAGAAAAAGAAAAAGAAAAACAACAAAUAUUUAUUGUACAAGAGAAAAAACAACCAUUAAUUAAAUUGGGUGGUAAUAAUAAUAAUUUAAUCAAAUCAAUAUCAAAUAAUAAUUUACAACAACAAAAAAAACUUAAUCCAGGAUUACAAGAUACACUAUUAAAUGUUCAAAAUCAAAUUAAUGGUCAAGGUGAUAGUAUAAAAGAUAUUGCACAAGAGAUUGGAGUUUAUUAUGAAUCUGUUAGAAAUGGUCAGAAACCAAAUAUGGUGAUGAGUGCUAGAAAACUAUCGGAAUUGGUCAACAAAUAUUGCAAGGAUAUCGAAUCGAUUGCUUCAACUUGUAAAAAUACUACACUUCAAAGUAAAAUACUUCAAGGUACUGGUACACUCAAAACACUUGCUUGUCAACUCAAAAUUCUAACCUCUGUCAAAGCUACAGCCAACGAUCAAGAAGAUGAUCAAUCUUUAGAUUCUGAUCUUCAAUUAUCUUCCCUCAUGUCCCUCCUAGGUAAUCACCUAUUAUCAACUCAACAAAACAUAGAGAUAAUAAUGAAAAAAGGAGGAGGAACAACAAAAAAGGUAGAAAAGGAUUUAGUAUCUUCAGAUGAUGAUGAUGAUGAAGAAGAAGAAGAAGAAGUAGAAGAAGGAGAAGAAAAUAAAGAUAGUGAUAUUGAAUAUAGUAGUAAUAGUAAUAGUGAUAUUGAAAUUGAAGAUAUUGAUGACAAUGAUAAUGAUGAUGAUGAUAAAGUACUUACAUCAAGACAAAUGGGAGCAAAAAAUGGAGGAAUUGAUAUAUCUGAAUUUGGAUUAAAUAUAAAGAAAAAGUCAGAAAUGUCAGAAGAAAAGAUACAAAGAAAACAUGAAUUGGCACAAGCAAGAAGACAGAAAAAGAUAACAGAAACAGAAGCUGAAAUGAAAGAUGUAGUCAAUCAAUUAUUAAAUAGAAAGACUGAAAAAUUAUCUGAAAAGGAUAUAAUCAUUAAACCAACUAAAAGAGAAAUAUUAUUAAAAACAAUGGGACCAACAAUAUUAAUUCAUGAUAAUAUUGAAAAUGGUAAAACUGUUAGUUUUCCAAAUGGUUAUCAAUUCUCAAGUACUAAUCCGACAAUGACGACUACGCCAAAAAUCAUAACAUGUUCUGCACCUGGUUGUAAUAAUGUUAAACGUUAUAAUUGUCCUAAAAAUAAUCUACCUGUUUGUAAUAUAGAAUGUUGGAAAAAAGUUGAAAAUAUAAAGACUUGA